AAUUAUCAGUGUACUCGGAGCUAUUAACAGUUGCUCCUGUCUGUGGAGCCAAGCAAAUGGCGGCCAGUUGCUCCCUCUGCUGACGACUCCCAAGAUAAAAAAGACAAAGAACUAUUCCUGUAAAUAAUUACCAUAUUGGUUCCAGGAGGCAAGAGAAUGGGCCAGGAGUUUGUGGAGGUGUGUGGCACAUAGCCAAACCCAUAUCCUCUGCAACUGUUUUGGUUUGAGUCCAUCGAUUCGUUCGUCCAUGUGAUACCCAAGUCCAUGUGUGUUUUAGACUGACCGAACAGACUUAAGUUACUGAGUGACCUGUCGGACAAUCCAGCGGAUAUUUUGCCACCGGACAGGCUCCGACAACAGUGCACAGAUAUACAUGCGUAAACUGUAGGAGAGAAUGACCCUUACAGGAUUGCCAGAUUGAGUGGCCAGUUGAGGGUAGCACAGACUUGGAUGUACUUGCGGAGUGAUGGAUUUUACUGAGUGUGUGCAGCCAACAUGUAAAGUGCCCAUGACUGAUGACUUGUGAGAAGUAAUGGACUUUACUUCUGUUGAUAAUCAGAUGCAAGAUGGCCGUAUGAGGCAAUCUGAGGAUGCGAAAGAGUAGAAUCAUCAAAUUCUUCGCGGCAGUGGUCGUGUCGUCUGCCUUCCUGUCUGUGUGUCUAUGGAGCCAGUGCACCAUCAACAGACAAGACAACAAUUUCUUCAGAGAGGACGUUACAGGCGAGAGGAGCUACGAUGAUCACAUGAAUGUCCCUCGGGGGACUAACUCCAUCAAAAACAAAGACACCCCUGCGAUCAAGUACAAGGAGAUUGAUUGUGUCAUCAAUGAUGACUAUGCCAUCAAGUGUCGCCGGGAUGGGGGAGAGGUCUAUGUACCCUUCAGAUUCAUCCAGGACUACUUUGAGAUAUAUGGUUCCGUUAUCAACACAGACGGUUACGACCGACUGGAAUGGCAACAUGCGAACUCAAAGAUCCACAAACCUCGACUCAAAUAUUCCCCCAGCGGUAUCUUCAUGUCGUUCGAGUAUUACAAUGUGGAACAGAGGGACCGCGUUAAGUGCAUCAGCGGCUUUGAAGGUGUGCCAGUCUCCACACAGUGGACACCAGAGGGCCACUACUACCCAAUACAGAUCGCCCAGUAUGGCUUGAGUCACCACAGCAAGUACAUGAUGGAUGGGGAGCCGGACGUCAUCAUCCUGGAGGAUGGAGAGGAAGACAGCCCCGCAGACUGGGUAGUACCAGAACAACGCUCCUUUGCCGUUUUGAAGAAUGAUGUUUCCAAGUUCUCAAAUGUAGUACAGUUCUUGACAUCAGAUUCUACCAAGCUUCCAGGAAUACGAAUAGUUGCUGAUGAAAAAGUGAACAAGUAUGUGACAGCCGACUUGAAGUUUUCCACAAAUGGCAGUGUGACUGUGACCGUGGAGACUCUCAGUACUGUUGUGUUCAACCUGCACUAUGUACUGAGCAACACUCUCAUCAUGUUCGAGGGAAAAGACAUUUAUUAUGGACUCGGAGACACAAGGGGACGAUGGCACCAUUUAGCCAGGGAUAUAUCUAUUGACCUUCAGAAAGGCCUCGGAUUGAGGUUUUCCAAAUCAAAACGAAUUAAAAUGAAAUAUCAGUUUUCCAAAAUUCGAGAGAUCUCCAUACGAGGUCAUGGCUACCUGGAUAAUUUGACGUUGUCAUCAUCAGCGCAUUUGGAUCAUUUUUAUGAUGCUGCGAAUUGGUUAGUCAGUCAUCAGAAUAACCGUGGAGGAUGGCCUAUCGCUGUACGUCGUAAACUCAUUCCCAAUCUGCUCGAGCUUCCCCCAGGAUGGUACUCCGCGAUGGCCCAAGGUCAAGCAAUGUCACUUCUUGUGAGAGCGUACUUGAAGACAAAGGCCAAGAAAUAUUUAAUCGCCGCUAUUGAUGCAAUGAAAUUGUUUGAAAUCAGUAGCGAGCAGGGAGGAGUGUUGGCGAAAUUUGCAGGUGAAUACGACUGGUACGAGGAGUAUCCGACAACUCCAAGCAGUUUUGUGUUGAAUGGAUUCAUAUAUUCACUUCUUGGUCUGUACGACCUUAAAGAGACAGCUUCAGGUGAAGCUGCAGAUAUGGCAAAUAAUUUGUACCAACGUGGAUUGACUUCUCUUAAGUUCAUGUUGGGUAUGUUUGAUACUGGGUCAGGAACGUUUUACGACCUGCGGCAUAUUACGCUAGGUCUUGCCCCAAACCGAGCACGGUGGGAUUAUCAUACAACACAUAUCAACCAAUUACUAGAGCUCAGUGUCAUAGAGCGUGACCCUUUAUUCAAAACAACGGCGGAUAGAUGGACAGACUACAUGAAGGGUAAGAGAGCGAAACACAACUAGAGAAUAUCAGACGAAAUCUGCUUCCUACUUCAUGCUCCGUUCCUGGAUUCAAGUGAUAGUGUAUAUACAGAAGGGGAAAAGUCCAGUUCCAAAGGAUGAUCAGUGAAUUGUGGACGGACUGGUGUAUCAUUUGUGAUCUCUCGAAUUCUUUGAACUGAACAGUCUGUCGUUCUAAACCUGAAUUUAUUCCUCUUUCAUCAAGCUGAGGAUAUGUGAUGUUCCAACAAAUUGGUACAUUUUACAAAGAUGCUCAAUUUCGGCGUUCGGGAUGAGGUGCUUGCACAGCAUCUGUAUGGAGUUGGUGUAAUUAAAGCUGUCACUGAUGCAGCGCCCAGUUUGGUUGUGAUUCCACUGUGACUGAGUGAUUCAAAGCUUUCAAACUUCUUCUUGUUAAAAUACAAUGCCCUUGAUUAAUUGACUAAGUGAUACAAUUUGAAGAGUUGAAUGUAUUCACGUGUAUUAAAGUAUACAAGUUUUCAGCAAACAUUCAAGCUCAUCGUAGGAGUUUAAAAUAGUUAUGUUGUACCAUUUUUCUUAACAUUGUGGUUCCUUUGGAAAAAAGUGUCCCCUUAAUUUAAAAGUUAAGUUCUGUAUUUAAUUUUGGUUAAAAUUUCUUUGAGAAAGGGUGUUGUAUUUUAGUGAAAGGCAUGUAUUAUAGGUCGAAUAUGGGUUGUACAAUGUGUAUGUUUCCAUAUUUCAAACAGCCAUCAUUAUCAAUACAGUGACAUUGUAUAAAUGUUGGAGACUACUCUUUUGUCUCAUGUCACUGAAGAUAUUCUGUUCAAAUCUUUCUGACUGGUCAAAGAUGGUGGAUUUUGGACAAAGGGAGGUAACUUCACAUCCAUGAAAUUACCUCCCUUUUCAAUGUUAAACUAAAGAAACAUUGAGAUGAUAUUUUUCGUUCUUGAAGGCUUUCAGUGGUUUUAAUGAAUAUGAAAAACUGUUUUAUUUUAAUCUUCCUAUUGAUGAAAUGAUCAUACAUACAAAGUCUUCAUGAAAUAUUGCUAAAAUCAUGACACAGAUGCCAAAAUAUUGACUUUUUAUGACUGUCAAAGUGUUUUUAGCCUAAGUUUUUCAGUUUUGUGGACAUGCACAGACUCUGAUUUUAAGGUUGAUAAAGGUUUAUUUUUACAUCACUGCUUACACAGACGCCAAAUCUUUCAAUGCUUACGGAUUGAAGUCACUGCCAAUGAGCCUUCAUACUCACAUGCUUCAGAUUUAAGUUCAUGCAGCUGUUUACUGAGUGUAGAUUACUUCAACAGACUGGAGCUAUAUUGUAAGCUGUAUAUUAAUGAAAUGAUUCUAUUAGAAAAUAAUUGCAUCGUAUAUAUAGGUAGCUGUGAUGAUACAGACCCGAAUAACGGAUAUCACCAGAGACCAUAUAAUAGGUUAGUGAUAAACUGUUGGGGAGGGCCGUCCCUCUAUUAUAUGGUCUCUGUUAUCACUGAUCAUAUUUUAGUUUUCAGGAUACAAGUGAUGCAGAAAUGUUUUCAAUGAUGUCCAAUAUCUAGAUUGUUAUUUAAGGCUAAAAACUAUUCUGGGUUCUCACGAUACAUCCCCCUCGGUGGCUGGUUUGACUUGGUCAGUGUCCAGCUGUUGGUUAACUUGUUCAAUUUCAGAUUUGACCUUACUGGUCUUUGGACUCAUUUCCGGUCAGGCUGGUAAACGUUCAAUCAAUUUGGGAUGAUUUGUAUAACUAAAUCUAUUUUAACCUGACUGUGUUGUCCCGAUUAGACAAAAUGUAAUUCUUGUUAUUGAAUUAUCUUCAUUGUGUAUCACGCAAAAUUACAUUUGGAAGAGUAAUUUCAUCAUAGUGAUGACAAAUUCGAAUUUCCCAAGAGCCCCAUGUUCCACUGUAUUAACAUAGGCUGUUUCUGGAUUACAAACCAUUCUUAACCAUUUUGUUCACUAAUCUACCAACCUAUUCGGUGUUAUCUGUACAGGAAACAUUUUUUCAUUUCCAAUAAAGUAUGAGUUCAAUGAAAUGAACAAAUUAUCUAUAUCCAUUUUAUUUGACCUAAUUAUUGCCCAGAUAUUUUGGGGUGGUGGGGUAGCGUACCGGUUAAACCAUCCGCUCUUCACGUCGAAGACCCGGGUUCAAUUCCCCACAUGGGUACACUGUGUGAUGCCCAUUUCUGGUGUCCCCGGUGAUAUUGCUGGAAUAUUGCUAAAACCGGCAUUAAAGCAUACUCACUCACCCAGAUAUUUUGUAGCCUUAAAAUACGUCUAACAUUGAACGUUUUGUGUGUACUCAACACUUAUAUCAUAUACAACCUUGUAUCAUCACAGCCCCAAAUUAUAAGUGCAUUUUCAGCAAGUUAACAUUCACUAAUGUAAUAACUGUUUGGGGAAUCAGUGUAUAAUCUAUAUUCCUUUAUAAGGAAGUCUUUGUAUAUAUACAUUAGACCACAUUGUUAUUCUUAAUGUCUCAAAUAUAUACACUUCCCAGUCUAUUGUAACAUCGAUACUUAUCCAAUAGCAGUAUCAUCCCCAUGUGCACAAAUAAGUUGUGAUUAGACUAGUGAAAAUUUGAUGAAAUCAGUCUCGUGAGGUUCACCUUGAAGCAUAAAAAUUAAAUGGUUAAUUAGCCUUGAAAGACAGUUUAAAUGAAUUUGUAUCAUGGCGUGUUUUUUCACUGAUUUUAUUUGUUAAUUCAGACAUAAACAAUAUGAAAUUAAGUUUGUGACAUCUCUUUCAGAGUUGAAUAUUGUAAUUGAUUUAGUUAUAUUGGCAUCCGCACUCUGGGGGGACAUUUCUUCAACUCUUUUGCUGUUGGGUUAUUUUUUCAUCACAUAUGAUUUCAUUUGACAAGUGAUUAAUGUAAAUACAUUUAAGAGCAGUUUUCAAACUGUCACUGUUCAACAAUCAACUUUCAGCUAAUGUUGAGAAUAUGAACAAAAGUUUUAGUUAAGUGUUUCAACUGGCUUUCAUGAAUUUUUAAAUUCUGAUGUCAUUUUAAGUCAUUCUAUUGGCAAAAUUAGUUUGUUUCCAAUUGUUUAUUGAGCUGUAUUUGAAAAUACAGUUAGUUCAUUUUAGAUAUUGGACUUGAAAAUGAAAUAUACCGCAAUCUAUUGGAAGAUCUCUCAUAUAUUUCACACAUACUGCUUUAAGUAUACCACAUGCUCAAUGCUAAAAACUGAUACAUGUUGGCCUUAGCAAUGCAUUUAGAUGUCAUGUAUUGUGAUGUGGAAGUAUAGCAGUGUGUAAUCAAAGUAAACAUUCCAUUGUUUUAAAUAAUUUGUGUGUGUUGAGUUCCUUGUAUUUGUUCACCCAUGUAUUCUGACAGGGACUGGUUAUUUAAUCUUUCCUGUUAUGGAGUCUUUCUUCAUUCAUGAAUUUAAAGUCCAAUUCCUACCUACUAUCGACAUCAAUCAACAUUUGAUCAAGUUUGGGAGUUCACACUAAAAAGCCAUGGGGGCGGUGUGGUAGCCUAGUGGAUAAAGUGUUUGCUUGUCACCCCGAAGACUGGGGUUCGAUUCCCCACAUGGGUACAAUGUGUGAAGCCCAUUUCUGGUGUCCCCCGCCAUGAUAUUGCUGGAAUAUUGCUACAAGUGGUGCAAAGUCACACUCACUCACUCACUUAAAGCCAUGAUUCGGUUUCUCACCUUCAAAAUAUGUGAGGCGUUUUGGGGGAUUUGCAAAAAUUGAUGUGCAAUGACUUGUUGUGGUGAAAUGAAAAACAACAACCAUAUCUUUUAAAAUAUUUUGAUUUUCAUUCAUUAGUUACAGUGUUAAUCUUGAAUUAAAAAUUUGUGGUGGUUCCCUUGGUAAUAUUGCUGAAAUAUUGAUAAAAACUGCGUAAAAGCAUACUCAUUCACUCACUCUCUUGAAUUUGAAAAAUAUAGAAUUAUUGACCACCUACAAUUACUCUCCAGCCAAACAUUCUGUGAACCAACUAAUAAAAUCUAAACGGCUAUUGUGUUCCAUGCAAUGAUAUUGCAGAAAUGUUCCAUGCAGCUGUCAUGAACUCUCUCUCUUGUGACCCUUAAUCAUCUUAUUUCAAACUAACUUGAAAUUCAAAAUUUGAUUCAAUUUCAAAGUGGGUGGGUCAAAGUGAAACACACAGUUUUGAUGCCCUUCAAUGGCUGAAGCCAGUUCUUUGAUGCUAAUAUAAUUUUUUCCCAAACCACAAACUUAUUCAGUGACCCUACUUCAUUUCAAUGUUAAAAUGAUCAGUCCUUGUUGGAGAAUAUAGAUACCUCUGUAUGUUAUUUUGUGUUUAUCAGUUUCUCAUGAUAAAUGAAAUAUAUACCUAACAUAUGAUACAAAAUCUAAACCUCUGUUAACGCCAUCAUAGUGCUUGUCUGUCGUUUGGUUGUGAAAAAUAACAUUCGUAAGUUAACCUAUUUAACACAUCCAUACUUCUGUAUUCUAAUGGCCGACAGGGUCACCAACAUUCGUAUCCAAUGACAUCCAAGCACACGAUUUUAGUCGCACCACUUCUACCAUAUCAAUAGAUAGACAUUGGUUCCAUAGAUAUUUUUGGCAUUGGAUUUUUUGACACCAUUCAAUCUUCAUUUAUUUAUUUUGCAACUGAAGUGUAAUGAAAUACCCUUCAUUUGUAUUACUUUUUUGUGUGGUUUACUUUGCUUAAUUUAUGCACAGGAAGUAGUUUUUUAAAUGAUUUCUUCCCCCCAGUUCAGUUUACUAUUAUCUGGUGAUCCAAAGUUUCAAAAGUUUGGAUUCCAAUUUUUAGCCUUUUAGUCAAAGCGUUCAAAGACGUUUAUGGGCAUUUAGCAGUUAGGUAUAAAUGUGACAGUGUUUAAAGGGUAACAUCUGGUUUUUAUACAUUCACAAUGUUUCAUGGCUACUUCUUGUCUCUUCAUCAGGUGAAUGAAUAUUCAUAUUUCUAUACAUGGCGGGGUGUUCUGAUAGUACAGUACAUAAACAUUCAUUCACAAAUUCAUUAAUAAUAAUAAUAAUAAUGUGUGAAGCCUAUUUCUGGUGUCCCCCGCUGUGAUAUUGCUGAAAUAUUGCUAAAAGCGGCAUUAGACCAUACUCACUCACUCACAGUUUUUCUGAACAGGGUGUUAUGUAAUUUAUCCUUCAAGACUGAAAAUAGAAGCAGGUAAUAAGCCAAUCCCUUCAUCUUUAUAUUAAAUGAGAGAAAUAUGUAUGGAAUUAUUGUGAUAUUGUACUGGUACGUCCCUGUAGUCUGGAGGAGGCUGUGAGGACCUGUGAGGACUGACAUGCAAGCUGUGUGUGUUGUCAUUGUUGUGUAUGUUUGUUUACAAUAUUAAUGCUGUCCCACAGGAGAGUGGUGACGAAGAGCUUACUGACGUCUCUCAGUUCAUCCCAAGGUUAAUCUGUGUAUAUUUUGGUUGUUUAAGUUGUAAAUAUCAUAUAAAUACAUAUAAAUAUAUAUAUUUGGAAUAAUAUGUUAAUAUGUGAGAGAAGAUUGUGGAAAAAAAGUGUAUUUUGAAAAAAUCAAAAUAUAUCAUGAAUAAAAAAUGAAUAAUA